GGCGGGGCCGGGGCGGCGGCAGCCGCGGGCGGGCCGGGCGGCGGCCGAGAGCUUUUGUUGUGCGGCGGGGCCGGGCCGCGGCUUUCCCGGGGUGCCCCGGGCCGCGCGGACGCCGAGCUGCCGAGGAUGGCGCCGCCCUCCGCACGGCCGAGGGCGCGGGUGGCGGGCCCGGGGACGCGCUUGUCACUCUGGGAGGAGGCUGGCUCGGCGGCGGGGGUCAUGGUAGCUCCUGUUUUUACUUACUUCCCGCCGCUGCCGUGGAAAAAACAUUCUUUGUUUUGCCCCAUUUCUCGAACGCUUCCUUCCCCCCACUCCCCCGCCGCGCCCAACCUCCCGAAGCGGAUCUGGCGCCGCGGGUGUCCGCUCGGCCCGGGGCGGCUCGGCGCCGGGGAUGGUGGCUUCCUCCGCGGCGGUCGGUGCCCCCAGCCUGUUUAAAUGCACAAGUGCUUCCCGACCUGAGGGGCUCUCGAGGGACGCGGGGUCCCUAAGCUCAUACAUACCCUAGGGUCCUGCGUUCAGCACCAAGUGUUCGGGAAUCAUUUUAGUGGAAACAAUUUAUUUUUAAUACCUCAAGUGCCUACCUUCACCUCAGAAGAGCAGGUGAAGGACCAAGGGACUGAACGCUGGAGGACCCCUGACAUGUUUGGAGGGAAAUGGGAACAUAACACAGUAACGGAAGAGUAACGUAGGUAAAGGCCUUCUCCACAUCUCCCCCGACCCCAAGGCUGUAUCCUCUGUGUGAAACAGCAAUGGAAAGCCUUCAACUUGAGAUACAGAGGCAACAAAUUCACCAGCUCUGUCUCUAGAAAUAUUCCUGACCUUCAGAACAACUGACUUUUAAUACUGCUGCUAAAUAAGAUCAACAAUGAAUUGGAAUGGAAAACCAGACAGUGUCACCUUACCGCCACAGUAUCCUAAAAAUCAGUCAUGCUUUCUGGAGCAGACUUUCAUAAACACGCUUAACCCGACAUCUCAAAGUUCUUCAAACUAUCUUGGAAGUAAUCAAGAAGCAUGCAUGUUUCUUAGCAGUUCAAACCCAGUUUCACAGCCACUGCUCAACAUCAGAAAUUAUAAAACUGCACAACAGAUCCCCAUUUCUGAUAUGCAUAGUGGAACGAUUAUGGCCCCACAAACUUCAGCAGAAAGAAGAACAUAUGCAAAUGUUAAAGGACCCAAACAACUGAAUCAUAAUAUGCAAAUGAAUUCAGGAGUUACACAAAAUGUAUGGCUAAACUCACCAAUGAUGAAUUCUGUGCUUCCUCAUACAGGGACAACUGUCUCUCAAACUGCUUUUGGAAAUAAUACAUCCAAUGUACAUGGACUGCAGAAUCAGUUUGUAACAUCAGAUUCGUAUUCUAUGAAACUACAAGUGGUCCCUUCUAACUCAGUAAGAGUUCCAGUAAGUUACCAAGGAAACACGAGACUUAACCCGACUUCAUCAGAGCGCCAGGUUGAUUGGACACAGCAGUAUAUGUCCAGUGGAGUGACAUACCCAGAUAAUAGACGAGUUCCAAAGCAAUACAGUUACUCAUCACGAAGCGUGGUGCACGAUCCUGCUCUUCAGAAACAAAAGCCUGUGCUGCCUACAUCAUUACAGGUUAAAACCUGUCCCCCUCCAGAAUCUGGACUGAGUUUACAGUCAAAGCAGAUCGAAACUGUGCAGUCAUACCGGUACGGAGUUACUCACACUGACAAGAGACCUCCUCCUCCUCCUUACGACUGUAGAUAUGUGAGCCAGCCUUUGCAAAGUACUCAGCACAUUGAUAAACACUCUACUGUAGAAGUUCCUCAAAGUCAAGGAAUGCCCUUACCUGAAAUGAGGAAAGACUUUUGUAGAGGGUUUCAACAGCAGUGGCAGAACAUUAAUGAAGAUGUUGGUGUAACUGGAAAUGUCUGUAACUUGAAAAUAAAUUCCAAUGUCAGUCCUCUUUUUAAUGAACCCAUUAGACCUUCUGUUGACAGUGUUCAGACUUUUGCUCAAAACAAUCAAGAGAAAAGAGUGGAUUCAUGCAAUCUAACUUCCAAUCAGGUACUGGACACAAGUGUUGCAAAGGAAAAGUUGGUGAGGGAUAUUAAAACAUUAGUAGAAAUAAAAAGGAAGUUUUCGGAACUUGCAAGGAAAAUAAAAAUUAAUAAAGAUCUUCUGAUGGCAGCGGGUUGUAUUAAACCACGUAGCACCACUUACAGUGAAUCUGCUCAAAAGUCUGAACUGUCUCUGAAUCAGUCUGCCAAAAUCCAGCCUGGACCACAGGUAACCCUAGUCACUCCAGAGACUGCAGUGGAUAAACCUCCAACAGUAAUGGAAAAUGCAGAAGAAAUAACUAGAACACAGAGUACUGUGAACUCCAACAAUGAGGACCCUAAUCGCAGAAAUUCUAACCAUGUCAAUUCUGUUACACAAAAUUCUGUCUGUCCAGAAAAGUUACCAGCGCCAAACCAGUUACAUGACUUGAAAGUUAUGACUUCUUCAAAGACAUCAUCUGUUGAGAUUAUCCAGGCAACAUUAAGUAACACACAGUUUUCAUCAGGAAGUUUUGUCAAUGUUGAAUUAAAUGUGCCAGCAAACUUAGCAGCAGCUUCUGUUCCUCAGCCUACACCCUUUGAGGAAUAUAGUUCAAAAUAUCCAAAUAAAAAUAGGCUAAUUCUUAGUUUACUUACACAUGAGGGUCAAACUCAGAAGAAACUACUAAAAGAUGCUAGCGAAACCAUUCAGGUUUCUAAAACACAUAAUUUUGAGAUAACUCCAAAUACCCAUAUCACUGGUGACCAGCUAAGUUUGAACACCAUGAAAACUCCAAGUACUUGUAAUAUAAAUGCCAACAUUUCAGACAGCUCUGUUUGCCUUGAGCAUAAACCCUCAACAAACGAAAUGUCUUCUAAAAGUAGCAAUCACUGUUCCAUGGAAUUGCUAGCAACAUGUCUUUCUCUGUGGAAAACGCAGCCUUCAGAACCUACAGAGGAAAAACAGUGUAAUGAGUCAAAAGCAAACAGAGCAGCAGUUGGAAUUUCAAAGCUUGUGGACAUCUGUGAUAAGAGUCCAUUUUCAGUUGUGGGAAAUUAUCAGAAUAAGAUGGCAAAUGGCUCACAAGAAACAAACUUGUCAGUGGUAGCGCAGAAUUAUGAGCCAUCAGGUACAAUUAUGAAGGGAACAGAACUUCAGGUGGCUGUUGUGUCACCCUUAAUUCUUUCAGAUACCAAAACAUCUGCCAGAGGAGCACCUGACACUUUACCUGAAACGAUAUAUCCAGUCAUUAAAGAAGGCAGUGUUUGUAGCUUACAAAAUGCAUUGUCAGAAAAGACAAGAGUUACUGCUGCUUUGAAAGUUAAUGAGUCAGUACCAAGUAUUACAAGCACCAAGAUUUUCCCACUAAUGCCAAAGGACAAACAAAAUGAGUCACCUUAUGGUAAUUCAGAAGGUGCACCUAAUAACAGGCAAGGAAAGCUUAUCAAGUCAGAGCCAGAUCCCAACUAUCCUCUGAGUGAUCAGCAAGACUCACAUAAAUCAAGGGACACCGAUAGUGUAAGUGGUGGUAUAUUACAGAUUGACAGUAUUUGUUCUCUUGUUGAAGGUGAUACAUCUUAUAAUAUCCAAAUAGCAGAGAUAUUCAACUCUCCGUCUUUGAAAAUGGUUGAACCACAGAAACCACUACCUAGUCAUCAAGAGAUAAGCAGUCAGCACCAAAAAGAGCAAUUAGAUAACAUCACUGAAAACAAAGACUUUGGUUUCCAAAGAGAUACUUGUGUCCAGAGCACAGAUGUUUCACAUAGAGUAACUGAUCAGUCAGAGUCACUGCAGCUUCUAGAAUCACACUUGAAAUGUGAUGAAGGGAGUGGUGGAAUUACAGAGGACAGUUCCUUGGAGCACAUUACUAAGAAAGAAAGCACAGCUAAAGGUCCAUGUUCAUCGGCUGCUAAUCAGCAGGAUAGUUACCCUCAGGAAAUAGGUGCAUCUUGCAAUUACACUGCUCAAGAUCUUGCAAGAAAUGAGAUUCUCAAUGAGAAGACACCCAUCUUAUACCUACAUGAUCAGCUGUCAGAACUUCUAAAAGAGUUUCCCUAUGGUAUUGAGCCUGUGAACACGCAUGAAGGUUCGGUGGCCCAACAAGAAAGCUCAAAAGGUCAGACUUGUGAUAAAACCAGUUGUGACUCCAAGUCGGACUCAGCAGAGAAAAUAAAAAUUACAAUAUUAAGCUCAGAGCAAAUGAAAGAGUUAUUUCCUGAACAGGAGUAUCAACCUUGCAAGGCAGACGAGUUAACAGAACCUCACGAAGAAAAUCCAGUCACAGAAGGGAGUCAGUGUGACCCACAAAUUCAUAUAAAAGGAGAAGGUCAUGAUUCUGUAAUAUUGGAUUCAGAGAAAGAUGAUGUCCGUUGCUGUGCAUUAGGGUGGCUCUCCAUGGUUUAUGAAGGAGUCCCCCAGUGCCAGUGUAAUUCCAUCAAGAGCAUGACUUCAAAGGAAGAGAAAGGGAAAGAUGAGCGCCCUCCUUUGGAGACCUCCAGUCGGAAACAAGGAAAGAAAACUUCUGAUAAAGAUAUUCCUACUGGACUUAAUAGUCCUCCAACUAAGAGUCUGGAGGUGCCUCUGACUUCAGACAGAAAAAAACGUCUUCCUGAAGCAGAGCAAGGCAAGGCUCUAAAAGAUAGAGCGAAAACAAAACAUAGUCAUUCACUAAGGACAGAACAAGAAUUAUGUGGCCAGUUUUUAUCUAAAGGUGAUAAUAAAAAGUUAGAUUCCUUGCCAAGUCAUAAACAAAAAGGGAAACUACAGUUUCAUGAAGUAACUUUUCAUUCAAGUAAUAAAAUGACAAAAUUUUCUCAAGAGAGCCUGCAGAGGAAGCGCAUAGCACACAACUCCCGGCCAUUAAAGGCAAAGACAGGUUUUUUGACAAGUAAAAAUAAAGAUCUGCCUGUGAAGAGUGGUUCUUUGAUGCAAGCAGUACCAUCAGAAAAGAGAAAAUUGAAAACAGGUGAUUCCAAACAAAAAGUUUUGGAAAAAAGGAAGUUAGAGAAAGGGAGUGUAUGUGAUUCAGAAAUAAAGAGGAAGAGAUGUGAUGGACGAGAACAGAGUAAAAAUGCAGGAGGCAGUAUAUUUAAAUUACGUAAUUUUUUGUCAAUUCCAAAUGAAAGAGGCAGGCUUAAAGAAAAGACAGUAUCAAAUGUUAAGUCCUCAGGCUCUCAGGAAAGUUCAAAUAAAAACAGAGUACUCACACCAAAGGAGUAUUUACAAAGGCAGAAACACAAAGAUACAAUGGGUAGCAGAGCAUCGAAGAAAAACUAUCUGAAAAAUGAAGCAAGUGAUUCUCAGUUCAUGAGGUGCAGUAAUGAACUUCCUAUUCGAAUAGGGAGUUACGGGAAAUCUAAUGAGAGAGACAGCAGUGUGCAGACAUCCAAGGAACCAAUAAGUAUUUGUACAAGCCAUGGUAAAAACCCUAAAGUCCACCAUUCUGAGGGGUCUGCUAAGAGUUUAAUCAUGAGGAAUACUAAAGCAACAGAUUUUGGAAAACAGCCUAAUAAAAUGAGGAUUGAAAAAACCAAAUCAGAAAAAAGUUUAAACAAUGUAAAUAAUGUUGAAUGCAGCCGAAUAUCAAAGGAUCAAAGGAAACUGUAUCUGAACAGAGUUGCAUUUAAAUGCACUGAACGUGAGAGCAUCUGUCUCACAAAAUUAGACUGUUCACCCAGGAAGCUCAAUAAAGAGAGGAGACCGGAAAACAAACCUAAUAGCCUCUUACCUGUGAGUAGUACGAUAGAAAAACUAAGCCUGCUGGAGUUUAAGCUGUGUCCAGAUGGAGUAUUUAAGAACACAGUCCCUGCUGAGCAACGGAAGGAUCUGCAGCCUUGUCCUCAGAAGGAGCCAUCCUCUGUGCGAGUUGCAGGAAUAAAAAGUACAAAAGAAGACUGGUUAAAAUGUGUAACUGAGGAGAAAAGGAUGCCAGAAGCCAACCAAGAAAUAGAUGAUAAUGUUCUGGCUAAUAAAAGACUCUCCAAGAGAAGCUUCAGUGCAGAUGGAUUUGAGACACUACAAAACCCAGUAAGAGAUUCAAAAGCAAUGUUUCAAACCUACAAAAAGAUGUACAUGGAGAAGAAAAGCAGAAGCCUCAGUAGCAGUCCUUCAACGUAAUUUUGAGACUUUAAUUCUUUUGAUGGUUCUCUCAUUGGCACCAGGAAGAUUCUCUCCUUUUUUAAAGAAUAUUUGCUUUGGAAAUAAUGAAUUGCCAUGAUAAAAUUUCUCAGUUUGGUUACCACUUAGGUUAUGUAUAUUAUUGAAAUUAUGUGAUGAAAAAUGGCUUGAGAAUCUUAUGUGUUGGUAGCAGACAUAAGAAAUAGAUGGUAUUUGUCCGGCAAACCACAAGUAUUGAAUUUUUACAUUACUGAAUCAAGUUUACCAUUAUUUUAAAAGGAAUUCUUACACAGAUGUAACUUUGAGUGCUACCUGUCUACCCUGAGGCAGGACUGUUUGUUAUUCAGUUAAGGAUUUACUUUAGAUGGGACUGUAAAUAUAUUUUUGUUUCUAAAACUUACCUAGCAAAACUUAUUUUUCAAAAAUGCUCACUGUGAAUGUCAAAAGUAUAUUCCUAAGUAUUUUAUACCCAAUUGUCAACAUUUUGUCAAAAGUCUUGUUUUGUACUUGUUAAACUGAACAUAAUUUUUGUAUGAUGUUUAAACAUUACUUUUCAUACUUGAAAUAAACAUUUAUUUUUUAAAAAAAUA